CGGAAAGUCAUGAAGGUGAUGACUCUAUCCUAUGCGCAUUGAAUGCUUUUUAUAAUGUAAAAAUAUUCCAUUUAAACUUGUGGGAUGCGGUGGAACAGUUAGAGAGCAGAUGUUUGUAUCUCUGUUAAUAUUUGAGCAAGUGUUCAUUGGAAACACACGGAAUGUUGUGGUGGUCGUCUUAAAGUGAGGCAGCAAGUCAAGUCAAUUUAACGUGCCCCCACGACACGAUCAGGUGAAUUUGGUUCAGCGGGCGGCUACACCGUACUCGGCCGUGUGAGACGGCAAGUGGACGACGCGUCCGUACGGUCAUCGCUCUUAGUGCCUCGGACAUGCUUGUUAGCAUGAACUCACGAAUCACAUUUGCUGGUACUUUGUUUGUGGUCUGCCUUUCACGGACAUGUGUGGGUGCGUCCUUUCCUGGUGAUGGAGUAAAUAACACGCCGGGAAAUGCAUCAGACUGUAAUCAUGGUAUAUGCAAUCCAGUAGGCACCCUUAAUGUGACGUGCAACGACACAACAGCAGACUGCCUUUGCAGAAAUGGCUAUGAAGGCCCAAACUGUACGGAUUGCCAGAAUGGUUACUAUCACCAUAGCAACAAAAGUGCGGAGUGUGUUCCUUGCCAAUGCGACGAGGGAGGGUCCUUGAGUAGCAGCUGUGACAGAUUUGGUGCCUGCUCAUGCAAGCCAGGAGUUGGUGGGAGACAGUGCAACCGGUGCCUGAGUGGGUAUUACGACCUCUCAGCCAGUGGAUGCCAGCGAUGCACCUGUGAAGAAAUUGCCAUCAGUUGCCUUUACAUAUCCAGAGUCAGAGAAUCCCCGCAUUCUUCCAUGUGCCACAACUGCCUUCUCAACAAGACUUGGGUCCAUGAGUGCACAAAGACGGUGUGCGGACCCGAUGAAUACUUGCUGUCAGACGGGAUCUGCACGCCGUGUCAGUGCAGCCAAUCACAGGGCUCCUCCGGUGAGCUACGACACUGCGACCUCAUGACCGGGAAAUGUCCGAAAUGCGAGGGCGAGUCCUGCCCAACCAAAGGAGGCAGCUCAGAUUCAGGUCAUUUCCAGUACCGAGCCUACAUCAUUGCCAGUGGUGCCGUUGCUGGCCUCAUUGUACUCAUCCUUGCCGUCCUUCUCACCGUCUACUGUCGCCGACGCUGCCGCAGGCACACCCAGCGAACGCCGCUGCCCCUCUGGACCAUCGAACUCCGACGAGAUGACGAGGAUGAGUGCAAUGCCACCCAGGAACUGGCUUUCGAUGACAUGGAGGUCAUGUACCUGGACGACUCCUACCUGAUGGCACCAUCCUCGGAACACCUUGCUGAGUCCUCAGACAACAUUAUCCGCAAUGGGAGGGCUGGCUACCACACACUGCGUUAGUAACCCAGGAUAUGGCCUUUGAGGACUUGGAUGUCAUGUACCUAGAUGAUUCCUACCAGAUGGAAAUUGCCUCAGACCACCGUAUGGAGUCCUUAGACAAUGUCUUCUGGGGCUGGUUACCACACGCUGAACCAGCAACCCUGGAGCAGGCCCCCUGGGACUUGGGCAUCUUGUGUCCAGACAAUUCCUACCUGAUGGAACCGUCCUCAGAUUACCUCCUGACUCCUCUCAUUGCUUCUCUGAGUCUUCCACAUGCAUGGGAGGACUCGCUACCACACACAGAGCUAGUAAUUAAGAUAUUUAAGUUUAAAUUUUACUCCAUUCUGAUAAGCCAAGAAUGCCUCAGGAGUGCCAGAGUAGCUGCGGCUUUUAACCCUUAAAGAGGGGGUUAUUUUGUACCAUCUCACAGCCAGGGGGAGAUGGAUUUUACCCACAAGAAUUUGGCUGUCCAAUAUUCGAGUUUUUAAGAACUUGACACGCAUGUAGAGAUAUCUAUUAUCGGUGCAUCUGUGAAGUUCCAACUCAGUCCAUCUUAGGGUUUUGUUAUUGCGGUCACUUGAAGUUCAGUGUCCCAUACAUGCCAGCCGGCAUGCUUUGAGCACAUCAGUAGAAAAGUAUACAUUUUUAGCUCAGUUGACCUGCCGCAGGAAAACGGGCACUGCAUCUGUACAAAAACGGCAUGUCCGAUUUUCACAAAACAGAUGUUAACAUGACUGCAAGAAUUUACUUAAAAACUUCUGAAGGCUCAGCAGUUGAAGGAAAAACUUGUGUAACAAUGUGAUGAAAAUCCUUUGGCUCUUUCCAGGCUACGCUAGAAGAAAAUUGUGGUGAGAAAACAAAACACCCAUGUUGAAUAAGGUUAACAAACCUUGAGUUGAGCCUUUUAGCAAACAUUAUAGAAAGAGGUAGCUCAAAAGCCUAUCAAAAUGUUGGCCAUGGCAGAAUUUGAACUUACCUUACACAGUGGAAGAUACCUCUGGAAGGAGCACCACUGUGCCAACCCACUUUUUGUCAAAAUAUGUUUUUUUGACAAAGAAGUCUCCAAUCGAGGCCGGACCUUUGUACUCAUUUAAAAUUUUUUUUUUGUAUUGUAGCAAUAGAGUUUUCAAAGGAGUAUUAUUGCACUAUUGUAUAAAACUGCCAUCAAUAUCAACAAACAUUCUGUCCAAGUUUUCAUUCCGUGCCAGCGCUUGUUAGGAAGAUGCACGUAGGAAGUCUGGGUGGAUUCCAAAUGUUUAUGCAAAUGAGUAGCUAAUAUGCAAAUCCAUGCAAUUUUCCGCGCAUGAUCUCACCAAAUCUGAAUAUUUUAAUGCAAAGAAAACUGCACGUGUAAGAAUGUGGUAAUUUUUUUGCCUGUUGAACUAUUGCUUGCCUUUGCACAGAAAUUUAUAUUUUCCAGUUGUGUCUGGAUAAAAAAAUGCACUUCCAUACUAAUAUUUUCUAAUGUGAUGUGAUCAUUGUGUUUGUACAAGGUGUGUAUAUUUUUAUGCCAGUUUGUCUUUAUGUGUAGUAAUUUCUGGUUGUCUUGAAUUUGCCACCUGCCGGUGAAGAAAAGACACUGGAUAGUUGAAUUCUCAGAAAUGUGGGAACAAAAAAAAUUGCAUGGGGACCAAUCAAAGAUAGUUGGUGAACACUGUAUGUGUGUAUGCAGCUGGUAAUAUUGACACAAGUACAUGUACAGGUAUGGUAUGUGGCUGGGCAAUAUAUACCGUGUAUAUUGACUGGCAGGUCACUAAUUGUAAGUAUUGAGUCAAUAUAUAAUGUAACUCGGGGAAACUUCGCAACUGUGUGGCCAGUGUCUAUUAAUAUGCAAGGGAUUCUAAGAGCUGUCCUUUUGAGGCUCCCAAACUGAAUGAUAAUGACCAUUUGUAAUUUUCAUGGCCAACGGGUCAUGGCAUAACGUAAGUUUUGUAUUGUACUGUCUUGUGAACCCAAGGUGACUGCACUUUAGCCAAUCGGCAGCAAGAAUCAGCUAGAGCUGAGGUAUAAAUUUAAAUUUUAAGUUUAGAAAGUUUACAUUUUCUUUCACUGUCCAGCAAGUUUGCUCUUUGAAAAACUGUAUUACCAACACAGGCAAAAAUAUCUCUGUGACGUGCCUUCCCCUCCUUCCCACCUGCCAGCAUAUUCCAAGCUCCACCCCUUUAUUGGUCAUUGGGGGUGAUUCUUGGAGCUGCUGUUUUCACUCAACAGAAUCAGGUUACCAGCCAGAACUUCUAUGUAGUUGACUUCUGACUGGUACUCAGCUGAGCCACAUUUCCUAGAAUGCCUCACAGGGAAAUAUUUCCAUUUUUCUAAAUACAGCAUUAAUUAUUCACCGAACCCAAGUUUCGAAGAAAGGACACUGUACAUUUGAAGUAAGAGUUGUACAGUAAAAAUGUGACCUCUGUGUAUUUAUGCAACAAUCACCGGCAAUAUGGAGACAUGCUUAAUAGAUUGGACAAACUUUUUGAAGAAAUUUUAUGUAAAUCCAAACUAAAAUUAUUUAUGUCCCUUUUUGUGCUUGGUAGAACCCACCGAUUCUAAGGGGUUGUUUGGAGAUUUUAAAUACCACUCGUUCAAAGAUAUUGAAAUUGUGUGACUUGUAAACUUAAUGUGCCACACACACUAACAUUAAUGUCUACUGUCAGCGUGUACUUUUUAGUUUCAAUUUGUGCAAUCACAUUUCCUUGUCCUGUGGAGAAAUGGUCACGUAAUCAAGUGUUGUUGAAAUGAAGGGAUAUUUUAGAAAAAGAUAUUGUAAAAUGUAAAUAUGGAAGCACAAAAUGUUUUUACCGGGUAAAAAACAAAUCUUGAUGUAAUAUUCAGGUCCUAACAACCCUGGCUGUUUUCCUUGUACAUUUCACCAUUUUUUUUGCAAUAUCUACAUGUAUACAUAUAUGGUAUUAUGAUCUUUCUCUGGCACUUUGAAUGCAUACAUGUACCUGUUCCUGAGACCAAAGCUCUGAAUAUGUUUUAAACAUUCUUUGUGAGAUUUAAAAAGAGAAGUUUUUCUGCAUAGCAAUAACAAGAUUUGUGGCUUGUUGGUUGUAAAGCAACAAAAGGGCUGAUGUGGUAAUAUACACAGGAGAAAUCACAAGACAUUCAAAUCCAGGCGAUUCUGUUAACAGUGUAAAACUGCAAGCAAUGACGAACCAUCGCAGAACAGUUUUGUCAUGAACUGUUCGGACAUCAUCCACCAUCUGCAAUAAAUCAGUGUUGUAACGAUUCACUAAA